AUGCUCUUCGACGAACCCAGACGUCAACAUUUUACCAAUCAUAUAAAGUUCCAGAGCCUGACAAACCUACCAUGUGGGCUGGAGUCCAACAACAACAUAGCCACCGCGGGGGUGAGCAUGGACGAAGAGGACGGUAGUGCGGACGAUGACGAGCACAUACGAACCGGCCGGUCCAACGACGACGAUUACGACGACAACAACGUGGUCUCGACGUCGUUCGCUGGACCGUCCGAGGCGACCGCCGGCAAAGCGCUCAUCAACGGCAUCCGUAAUGGUGGUGCCGGGGGCGGUGGAAGCGGGACCGGUAUCGAAAAGUUCCGCAUCGAUUAUCCGAAAAAAUUCCACAACGCCCGCAGCAUGUCGCUGUCCAUGGAACGGAACGCUUACUGCGAACUGUGCCGGUUUUCGCGAAGUCCCGUGCCGUUUGACCGCGGCGGCGGAGGAGGCAGUGGCGAUGGCGGUGAACCGGACGACCGCGACAAGGGCGUCCGCCGGUACUUUGGGUUCACCAUCAAACAGUACAUGGCGCUCGGUUCACUCGCGCUGGUCGACUUUCUCGGGUUUUGCUCCAUGUCCGUCAUGGCACCGACCUUUCCGAAAGAGGCUGAAAAAAAAGAUAUGACAGUUUCUGAAGCUGGUCUUGUUUUUAGUUUUUUUGCUUUGAUAAUGUUUUUACUCUCUCCAGCAAUGGGAUCGAUAAUGCCAAUAUUUGGUACAAAAUGUUUGUUUAUAUCAGGGGUGUUUAUCUCCGGAGUAUGCAAUAUGCUGUUUGGGCUAUUACCAAUGGUACAAGAUAACUUCCAAUUUAAAAUACUAUGCUUUAUAGUACGAGGACUGGAAGCAAUUGGCGCAAGUGCAUUUUCUACAUCAAGUUUUGUUUAUGUCAUCCAACUAUUUCCAGAAAACGUCAGUAGCGUUUUAGGCAUACUAGAAACAUUUGUCGGUUUAGGUAUGAGUGUCGGACCUGCAAUAGGAGGAUUGUUGUCAUCGGUCGGGGGUUAUGCAAUGCCAUUUUUCGUUGUGGGUCUCUUAAUGGUGGCUACGGUGCCACUGCAUAUUUACCUCAUGCCUCCAAUUAGAGACGAUGUAAAAGCAUCGCAAGCUGUUGGCAGCCGAUCCAAAGGUAUAAUUAAAUUACUCAUAAUCCCGUCAGCUUUUGUUGUCGGCGCUGUCAUUACGGUCACAUCCAACUUUUGGGCAUCACUCGAUCCAACGCUCGAACCACACUUAAGAGAGAUGGGCUUAUCAACUCACGAGGUUGGACUCGUAUUUUUGUUUUGUUCAAUAUUGUACGGAGUAUCAAGUCCAUUUUGGGGUUACAUUGCUGAUAAGUACAAUAACCAUUGGUCAAUGAUGGCCGUCGGAUUGUUUUCAUCAGCUAUCGGACUAUUCAUCUUAGCUCCUCUUCCGUGGUUCCCAGUGAAUCAAGACAUUUUAUGGUUGAACCUCGUCGGACUUGGAAUUUUGGGCGUGUCAGCGUCGUUAACAAUGAUGCCAGCAUUUAACUUCAUUUUAUCAAGUGCAAUAGAAAAUGGAUUUCAAGAAAGCGUUUCUACAUUUGGAACUGUCGCCGGAUUUUGGUCCUCGGCCUAUUCACUUGGUGAUAUGACCGGUCCAUCGUUGGGAGGCGUUCUUUUACAACAUUUCGGGUUUUCUAUAUGUAUGACUACAAUGGGUCUGUUUUGUUUAGUAGUGGGUGUGAUUACGAUUGGGUUUUUUGGGCAUAAAAAAAAAAAAAAACGUCCAAGAACGAUGUCGGACAAAAGUCCGCUAAACGAUCCCAGAAUUAUACAUCCACGGUAUAAUUCGCUAAACGACGAUCGCGGUGGAUCAAUGUUAAUUUCAAAUUUUUCAACUAAAACCGAAACCACUGAAGUGUAAAUUAAAUCUGU